CAUAUUAUUUCACAGCGUUUACUCCAGGAGCGUAUGAUCCCAAGUGAUGUUCUAAGGAAGAGAAUGGUAGAGGCACCUUUGUGAGGACAGGAGCCGUACCCCCUGCGGGGGGAAAAUUGAAAAAUGGAUGGCAACUUCGUUGCGGACGUGCGGCUGGACGACAGCGACGAGGUGCUACAGCUGCCCAUUGUCAAGAGCAAAGUCAAGAAGCUACUGCAGGGAGCUGUGAAGAAGAUUGCUCUUCUGGGCGCACCUGUCAUUCCCUCCAGCGACGAUUCUUUGGAGCAGUUCCUGCAGUCUGCUGGCCGUUUCUUUGGAAAAGACCCCGCCAAAUGGGACCAAGUCGGCGAGACCAAGGUGGAUGUGGUGGAGGAGGCGGGCAAGCGCACCACCAAGCUGACGGGCGUGUUCACUGGCACGGAGCUGGCACUCAUGGUGGAGAAUCCCUACUAUGACGAGCGACUGCCGGCGCGGGAGGACAAGCCGGAGCUCAACUUCAGCCAGAAGCGGACGCCCAUCCGCACGGACGAUGAGUGGCAGGAGCUCAUCGCGGAGCAGCCCUGGACCGCCAGCAAGCGGCGGCAGCUGCUGACGGCCUACCUGCACGCCAAGGUGGAGGCGGAGGAGCCGGUGCUGGCCACGGAGGGCGCGCAGGGCUUCUGGGAGUUGGCCAUCAACAAGGACCACCACGCCGACUUCCGACUGGACCGACUGGCGGCGCUGCUGAACCGGCUGUCCAGCCCCAGCCUGGAGGUGGCUACCACCACCGCCGCCGCCAUCUGGGGCCUGGCCACCACCGGCCUCAGCCGCAAGAACCUGGCGGACCUGGACAUAGUGUCGCUGCUGCUGUCCAACAUCAAGCGCAGCUUCAAGAUGCCCGUGAUUCCCGACGAGGCGACGCUGGCGGCGGCGGCAGCGGCCGCCAAGGCAGCCGGCAAGGACGGCGACGCGGCGGCGGCGGCCGCUGCCGCUGCCGCGGCGGGAGGGGAUGAGGGAGGCGGCGUUGGUGGCAAGCCGGCGGCGGGCGCGCUGCCGGAGGCGCAACGCAACAAGUACCAGUCGUUCCUGCUGGGCGCGCUGAGCGUGCUGCUGAUCGACCGCAACUGCCGCCGCGCCUACCUGCAGCAGGAACCCGAAUUUGGCACGCUGUUUGUGCUGGCGCGCAACCUGGACGGGUACGAGCCGGGACACGCGGCCGCGCGGCGCGAGGCGGCCGCCAAGCUUCUGACCACCAUGGUGCAGCGUGACGCGGACGCGCGGCGCAGCCUCAUCGCCAGCGGCGCGCUGCGGAACGUCAUCUCGCUGCUAAACCCCAAGGGCCCGGGCGAGAACAUGAUCCAGUUCUGCGCCGCCUCGCUGCUGGCCACGCUGGUGCUGGACGACGACGCUAUGGAGUUGAUCCGAGACCGCGGCGAGGCACCGCUCAUGUUCGAGGCCUGCAUCGUGCUGCUGCAGAGCACGCUGGGCAAGCUGAAGCGGGAGGUGCAGCGCUUCUACGGCCAGCUCACGCCUGAGGAGGCUGCGUCCACGCCGCCGUUUGACGUGGAGCUGGGCGUGCGGCUGGGCGAGGCGGCCAGUCAGGCCAUGUGGGGCAGCGCGCACUACUGCGUGAUGAUGGACCCCAUACAGGUCAAGAUGGACCACAUCCAGCAGCUGGGCGUCAUGGGCAACGACUGCUACACCACCGUGGCGCUGCCGCUGUCGCGCAUCGCGCACUGCAUCACCGCUUCGCUGGCCACGCUGGCCGCCAACCCCGACGCCGCCCUGCUCAUCAUGACCUCCCCCAACGACGUGGCUCUCGUCUUCCUCAUGUCCAUGUUGGAUUGCGUGGAGACGGAGAACUUCGAGCAGGCCGGCCACGUCAAGGCGUCGGCCUGCGCGGGCGUGGCGUUCCUGGCGUGCCACCCCAUCGGCGCGGAGGGCGACGAGUGCAUGUUCGGGCCGUUCCGGCAGAAGCUGCUGGGGCUGGGCGCGUUCGGGGCGCUGCUGCGUGCGGCGCUGAGCAGCGUGCUAGAGAGCGACUGCGACCGCAUCAUCCAGCAGGCCGCCGCCAUCGGCCUGAUGUACCUGUCCACCAUGGCGGGCGCCGUGGACGCCGCCGAGCUGGCCAUGUACGCGGCGCUGCUGACGGACAGCGACAACAGCGAAAUGAUCGAGUUCUUGAUGGCGGGCAUGUGGAUCUUGCUGCGCGACGGAAACAAUCGCAAGGUGCUGGGCACGUCUUUUAACCCCUCACCCGCCAACGCGCUGGCGAAGAACAUGAUCAACAAGCUCAACGACGCGAUCACGCUGCACGAGAUCAACGACGAGGUGGCGGCCAAGACCGCCAAGCUCAAACAGACCAUGGCGGGCCGCGGCGGCGAGGACGAGGGCGGCGAGGACAGCGGCGCUGUCACCGCCGAGCCCAGCGCCCUAGAGUCUAUGGCCGCGGCGUCAGCGUCGGCGCCGUCGCCGCCGCCUCCGGCAGUGGAAGGCGAGGCGUCGGCAACGGCAGCUGCCGGCGCAGCCGAGGGCGGCGAGCCGGGGGCAGCACCUGGCGAGGGCGUGGGUGCGGGUGCGGAGGGCGGUGCCGGUGGCGAGGGUGGGCUGCCAGGUGAGGUCGGCGACGCCGGCGCGGGCCCUGCCCCCGGCGAGGACGGCGGCGAGGAAGGCCUCCUCUCGCCCGAGGCCAGCGGCGUCAAUGUGGCUAUGGAGCCAGAGCCGGCGGCGGCGGCGCCGCCGCCGCCGGCCGCCGCCGCUCCUGCGGAUGAGGGCGAGGAGCAGCUUGAGCGCGAUCCCGAUGAGGCGUUUGCCAUGCCGCCCGACACCAACAUGCCCGACGGCGAGAAGUUCUAUGAGAACAAGGACACGGCGUUCCCCUCGCCCAUGCUCAUGAAGCGCGAGGAGAGCGCGGACCGCGUGCGGCGCAAGGCGGAGGCGGUCAAGGGCCGCAUGAAGCAGCUGGAGAAGCGCUUCGACAAGCAGCUCAAGGACAACUGGGGUCUGGAGACGCUUGUGUCGGUGGGCGAGUCCUGGCUGCCCGCCAUGUUGGAGCAGGACGAGGUGGGAGAGGCCACCGACGUGCCCGUGCUCAAGCUCUUCGAGUUCCUGGUCGCAUCCAUCUGCAUGUUCAUGGUGGAUGACGACGGCGUGCCCGAGCGCCGCGAGCUGGACGUGUUCCGGCUGAGCGCGCCCGAGGGCGCGCGCAACAAGACGUGGUGGACGGUGGACGUGCGCGCGCCCGAGGCGGACGGCACGGUGGACAGCGACACCGAGCGCGCGCUGCGCAUCCUGCUGCAGAUCCUGGGCAUGCACCUGUCGGCCGCCUGGAAGUCCAUGCAGCUGGGCGUGCUGACGCUGUGGAACGCGUGCUGCCGGCACCCCAACAUGGAGCGGCACGUGGUGGAGCGCGGCGUGGCCUUGAAGCUGCUCAUGGUGGUCAACAACCCCAUGUGGCCGCCCUCGCUGCGCGAGAUCUCCGCCGGCUGCCUGGAGUUCUUCCAGGAGCGCUGGUCCAACCUGGCCACCUUUGGCGCCGGCGCCACGCUGCUGCCGGGCGGCUUGCCGGCGGAGGUGUCGGGCGUGAGCGCCGGCGGCGUGCCGCCGGAGGGCGUGGUGCCCUACAUUGCGGCCAUGGUGGGGCUGGUGAACACGGGCGUGCCGCUGAUGGAGUACCGCGGCUGCCACGGCCUGGCGCGAAUGACCUACACCGCGCCCUACGCCUGCCCCGAGCCCAAGCCCUUCCUGAAGGAGGCCAAGGCCGUGGCGGCGGCGCUGGGCGGCGUGGAGGCGCUGGUGGCGCUGAUGAAGCGGCUGAACCGGCGGUACCAGGACCUGUGCGGCCCGGCGGGGCUGGGCGGCAGCCUGCGCGCCACCGGCGGCGCGGCGGGCGGCAGCGGCGGCGCGCCGCCGCCAGGCGGCGGAGGCGGAGCCGCAGCGGGCGGCGGCGGCGGUGGCAACAGCAACCGCGGCCCUACGGGCCAGGGCGAGGAGCCGGAGAACCCCGCCAUGUUCGAGCGCGACAUGCAGAACCUGGAGGCGGUGCAGGACAUCUACUUUGUGUGCAUGGCCGCGCUGUUGAACCUGUCGGUGCUGCGCGGCAACCAGGUGCCCAUCGCCAAGCGCGGCCUGCUGGUGCUGCUGGGCACCAACACCGUCUUCUACAACCGCGUGGUGGUCCUGCGCGCCAACCUCAACGCCACGCGCCCCGGCGGCGCGCACGCGCCUUCGGCGGCGGACGCGCUGGCGCGCGAGGAGCAGCUGCUGCACCUGUGCUCCGCCAUCAUCCAGAACAUCGCGCAGCACCCACAGAACCGCACGCGCAUGUACAAGGCGGAGCUCAAGGGCUCCGUGGCGUUGGACAAGGUGAUUGAGGCCGCCACCGACGUGGACGAGGAGACGCGCACCGCCGCCUCCUUCCUGCCCACCAUCCCCUCCACCCGCUCCAUGUCGCCCAGCGCCGUGCCCAGCGCCGCCAGCCUGGGCCGCGGCGGCCGCAGCGCCGGCGCCGCCGGCGGCUCGCUCCACGCCUCUGCCAGCGCCGCGCGAGUGGGCGCUGGCGGCGGGGGCAGCACCAGCCCCACGCGUGCAGCCACCACUGGGCGACUGGCACAGAAUGCCAAGAUGACGCAGAAUGGGCAGGUCAUCAACGGCGGCGUGGACACGGCGUUGGCGGGCAGCGUGAGGCCCAAGGUGGUGUUCCCGCCCAUCUGCGAGCGGGGCGCCGGCGGCGACGCCAUCACGCUGCAGCGCUACGGUCCGGGCGGCGCCGGCUCGCCGGGCGUGAUGCGCAUGGGCUCCCAGCACAGCGGGCGAAGCGGCUCGCCAGGCACCGCCGACACCAGUGGAAUGGACUACAACGAGGGCGGCGGCGCGGGCGGCGCGGGCAUGAGCCACGAGGCCAUCACCGACUCGCGCUACCGCUUCUUAACCUGGAUUGACAACACCUUCCACGACCUGGAGGCCGGCGCCAACGUGCCAUUCUCCAAGAAGGGCGGCGCCGACGACCGCUCGCUUGCCUCCGGCUCGGGCCGCACCUACCGCAAGGCGCUGUGGGACGAGCACGGCGACUGGCUUCCCAACGAGCCCGAGUCCGCCAAGGCGCUCAACAAGCUGCUGGCGCGGCCCAUGAGCCACCUGUGGCAGGACAUGCCCGAGCACCGCGCCCGCCAGGGCCGGCAGCGCUGGGAGCCCACGGUGUCCGAGUACCGCGAGCUGCAGGGCGCCAAGCCGCUCACGCGGCCCGCGGCCAAGCUGCUGUCCACGCUGCCUCCCAGGGACCAGGAGGACCUGAUGGUGGCGGCCAGCCAAAUGAUUGGGCUGAUGCCGGAGGACUACGACUCGGACGAGGACGAGCCGUUGGGGCCGCGCGGGGACGGCGACGGCGGGUUUGACGGCGGCGCCGGCGGCGCGGCGGGGCCCAGCGGCGUGGAGGCCAGCGGCGCCAGCGGGAGUGGCGGGCACGGGGCGCACCACCGGAAAGCGGGCGGCGCGGCGGGGGCGGCGGGGGCGGGCGGGGCAGCAGGCGGGGCGGCGGGUGGGGCGGCAGGCGGGAAAAAGGCGGGGCCGCCGCCGCCGUCCAAUAUGGCUGCGAUGCUGGCGGGCGAGGCGACGAUGGAGAUCGCCAAGCCCACCGUCAGCGCCUCACUCAACUGGAACGACGGCCCGCCCAACCGGCCUCGCACCGCGGAGCGCGACAACGGCCGCGUGGGCCUGACCGUGCUGGCGGCGCCGCCGGAGGCGCUGCAGGCCACGGCGGCGCGCAAGGCGGCGGAGGCGGCGGCCGCCUCCGGCACCCACUUUGGCGCGGUGGGCAUGGACAUCAGUGACGAGGCGCUGGCGGCGGCGGCGGGCAGCUCCACCGCCGCCAAGGCCGACGCGGUGCCGCUCAAGGUGUGCCUGGGCCCCAAGCGGCCGCGCCAGAUCAUCACCUUUGAGGACCGCAUCGUCAUCGACAACGACAACCGGCCCACGCUGACGCUGUUCGAGCACGUGGAGGGCAGCCGCGUGUCGGACGGCCUGUUCCCCUCCUACAUCCUGCCCAACGGCAAGCGCGCGCACAUGUACUACAACGGCGGUACGCUGCUGGACGAGGUGGGUGUGGAGGCGGUCAUCCCGCCGCCGCGGCCCUCCACGGUUCCGCAGGCGCUGCAGCAGACCAUGCCGCUGGCCAACGUGCUGAACCUCAUCGCCAAGCCGCCGGGCAGCGCGCCGCCCUUCAUCCCCUACAAGCCCGUGCCGCGGCUGGUGCCGCUGCCGCCGGAGCACACGCUCACCGUCAAGCGGCCCGACAUCCACGCCGCGGAGGCCUUUGGCGACCUGCGCGAGGACAACCUGCAGCUGGUGAUCCAGGCUAAGAAGAUCAUCAAGACGCAGACCACCACGCGAGUGGAGAACAUCGAGGUCAAGCAGCAGGAGGAGCGCGAGCCCUGGACGUUGCCGUCGUCCAUCUUCAAGAACCGUGUCAAGGAGUGCGACGCGCGUGCUUUCUUUGAUUCGCACACGGUGGAGGAGAAGAUGUUUGAGCGCGACUGGCAGCGCGCCUGUGCCAAGGAGAAGUUCACUAGCAUGAUGAGCCGCGAGAACAAGGCCAACAAGGAGGGCAAGGACGAGAAGGUGGCCAUCAAGGAGGUGCACGACGUGCUGCUUAAGUACUGGCCACAGGUGGUGGGUGCCUUCGUAUACUACGCCACGGGCGGCUCCUCCGACCCCUACCACAUGUCGCUCAACGCCUUCACCACUUUCCUGGACGAGUGCUGCAUCGCCGACUCCGAGUCGCAGUACUGCAAGCGCUCCGACUGCGACACCGUGUUCAUCGUGUGCAACUUCCAGCCCGACAAGAAGAGCGCAGAGGCGCAGGUCAACAUGGAGAACGCCAUGAUGCGCUACGAGUUCCUGGAGGCCAUCGUGCGCCUGGCCAUCUCCAAGUACGGCAAGGGCCAGGCCACGGACGACCUGCCCACGGCGGUGACCAUGCUGCUGGAGAAGAACAUCAUCCCCAACCUGGUGCCCGGCGCCGUCAUCCAGUCCAACACCUUCCGCAGCGAGCGGCUGUACCACGAGGAAGUGGACCUGGUGUUCAAGAAGCACAGCGUGCUGCUCAAGGCGCUGUACAGCCGCUACCGCCUCAAGCCCGUGGGCGGCGGCCUGCGCCCCAAGGUGCUCAAGCUGGACGGCUGGCAGCAGUUUAUGAACGACGCCUCGCUGGUGGACAGCCAGUUCACGCUGCAGGACGCCUCGCUGGCCUACCUGUGGGCGCGCAUGUACACCAUCGACGAGAUCAAGGACUACGCCCGCUACACCUGCCUCUCCUUCACCGACUUCCUGGAGGCGCUGGGCCGCGUGGCGGACAUGAAGGCGCUGCCCGCCGCCUCCGACCUGGACCUGGCCGGGUACGACAGCGUGCUGGAGUGGGCGCUGGACAAGGAGCGCAUGGAGGGCGGGCCGGACAAGGGCGGGCAGGGCCAGGGCGGCGACGGCGGCGAGGGCGGCGCGGGCGGCGGCGGCGCGACGCUGGAUAUCUUCCGGCCGCGGCCCAGCGCGGGCUUCAGCGCGCCCAAGACGCGGCCGCUGUACGUGAAGCUGGAGAUGUUCCUGGACCUGGUGUUCCGGCGGCUGUAUUGGGACCCCAGCCAGCCCGAGGUGCCCUUUAACUACGACGGCCUGCUCAAGCUGGUCAAGAAGAUCGACAAGGAGCUGGGGCCGUAAAGGGCCGGGGGGCGAUGGGCAGCUCGUGGGCGCGUCGGCAGGGGCAGGCCGGCAGGGGCUGGGGCUGGGAGAGCGCGCUGCGCGCGAAGGGGCGGGGAGGCAGCUGGCUACGUGGGCAGAGCAUGUCGCGUGGCGGUGGGUGUGGGCAGAGGUGUGGGCGAAAUGCGUGCAAUCGUGUUGCGGUGUCUGAGGUGAAUCGCAAGUACAGAACUGAUGCAAUCCCCUGCUGGUCUCAAGCUUCAGGGUGAUGUGAUCCUGUUGGCGUGUAACGUGAAGACGCAGCUUGGUGUGAGGUGGUGGGUUUGGAGUUAGGGAUUGGGAUGAGUCGAGUACGCAGCUUCUCCUGACUGCGACUGCUGACGAUAAAUGAAUGAAUUGCUGUUAGUGCUGUGUGCCUGUGAGGGUGAGCAUUUGGAUACUCAUUGCACUCGUUCUCGCGUGCGACUCUCUGGAAAUGAGAGCGGUCCAGACACGCACUGAAUGACUGAUGCGCUGCAUGCGUCGAUGGUCCGAGAUGCGCGUUACAUGGGUUGCGAUCCGGGCGGGGGACAGUGCGUGGUCAGGAGAGGUCAGGAGCCGUAGCCACUUAGGACGCCUGAUACUUGAGGACGUGCAUUGUCGAUGAUUGGGGCUGGUACCUGGAGGGAGGGUUAGGUUGAGAUUGAUGCGAUGGAACAUGGUAGGGGACAUUGAUGCCUGUAAUGCGCGCUGUGACCUCAAGCCUCUUGUGCAUUGGAAAGCGGGAUGGCAGGAUCACCAGUACAUACAGCCUGAGCUUGGCGAGCAACUGCUUGAACCGUUGCACGUUCAACGGUGAGGUUGUUAUCGUGCUGGGCACUGUAGACAGCUGAU